AGAGACUAUAGGAGAAAAGACCAUGGGAGUAGUGAUAAUAGACGGAUCAACGGUCCAAGCGUUCGUUGACAACGAACCGGUCUUCAACCGGAGCGUUAACGAGCAAUUCGCCGCUCUGGACGUCAACGGAGACGGAGUCCUCUCCCGAUCCGAGCUUCGCAAAGCCUGCGAAUCCUUCCGUCUGAUAGAGACUCACUAUGGCAUAGACACCGUCACCCCACCGGAGCAGCUCACUCAGCUUUACAACUCCAUCUUCGACAAGUUCGAUUGCGACCAUAACGGAACCGUCGAUCUCGAAGAAUUUCGUUCGGAGAUUAAGAAGAUCAUGCUCGCCAUAGCCGAUGGCCUCGGUUUCUCGCCCAUUCAGAUGGCUAUUGAAGACGAUGAUCAAAACCUUCUCAAAAAAGCUGCUGACCUCGAGGCUUCUAAGAUCUCUCAUGCCUAGUUGUUUACUUGUUUGUUUCUUGAAAAUAAAU